CUAGCGCGGAUGCGCGAGUGCGCGCACCGGGACCACUGUUCUCAAGUAGUACCGAACUAGUUUGGGUCUCAGCUUUAGUACGGUUAGAAUCAUGCAUGUUCUCUCACAUUGUUUAUAUGUCAGUGAAUAUCCAGAAUAGAUCAUAUAAUGUCGAUCUGCCAUUUAGUAUCCGUUGAAAAUCACAUCACACGCCAUAGAGCAUAUGAGCUAAUUUUACUAAAUCAACACUAGAUUGUGGAAGUUGACGGAUAUAUAAACUGAGAAAUCUAACCAGUUAGAAGUUAGUUGCCAAUUUCUUUUGUAGGAACUUGUUUUAGGCCAAGGUUAAAAAUACUUCUUGAAUACAGUCAAUAUAUAUCCACACCUAUUGUGCGCGUUAGUCUGUAUGCGAUCGUGCUAAUGUUUCGUCUGGCUUUAUCAGUGAUUGUGUAUCUUUUAUGAGACGGUAAAUAAAUGUAAUCUGGGUCAAAGUGAAAGGAAAAAAAAUUGCACACAUCGAAUAUGGCAGCGACUGUAUUAAGUAAAACAUUGCUCAAUGCCAGAGUGGGUCUCAGUGUUCAUUCUGGUUUUAAAUGGGUUUUUCCUCGUCAAAACAGCGAAGUUUGUUCUGCAGAGCAUACAAAUCCCAAAAAAGAAUAUGAUAUCGUUAUAGUAGGAGGUGGAAUUAUUGGUCUGGCAACAGCAAGAGAGUUGAUUCUUCGACAUCCAAAUCUAUCUUUUGCUGUUUUAGAAAAAGAGAAAGAAUUAGCAAAACAUCAGAGUGGCAACAACAGUGGUGUUAUACAUGCUGGAAUAUACUACACACCUGGGUCUUUGAAGGCAAAGUUGUGCGUUGAAGGCUUCCACAAGGCAUACAAAUACUGUGAUGAAAACAACAUACCUUAUAAGGAAUGCGGUAAGUUGAUUGUAGCAACGAAUCCUGAGGAACUUUCUAGGCUUGAUAAUCUCUAUGAACGAGGACAGAAAAACAAUGUGAAAGGCAUGAGAAUGGUUGGCCCUAAAGAAAUUCAAGAUAUUGAACCAAACUGUGUUGGACUGCGAGCUAUUCAUUCACCCCAUACAGGAAUUGUAGAUUGGAGACAGGUUGCUCUCAGUUAUGGAGAAAAUUUUAAAAAAUGUGGAGGCCAUAUCUUCACAGAUUUUGCUGCUAACAAGUUUUUGAUGUCAACAGAAAAUUUAAAAUAUCCUGUGACAGUUAUGGGUGAUGCGAAAAAGGAUCAAGCAAUACAAUGUCAGUAUUUGAUAACCUGUGGUGGACUCUAUUCUGAUCGUCUGGCUGAGAAAACUGGUUGUGAUAGAAAACCUCGUAUUGUCCCAUUCCGUGGUGACUACUUGUUAUUGAAACCUCAUAAGAGUGAUAUGGUCAGAGGAAACAUAUAUCCAGUACCUGAUCCCAGAUUUCCAUUCCUUGGAGUCCAUUUCACACCUCGUGUUGAUGGCAGUGUGUGGUUAGGUCCAAAUGCUGUGUUGGCUUUCAAAAGAGAAGGCUAUACAUUCUUUAGUUUCAGUGCCAAAGAUAUGAUAGACGCACUGUCUUACAGUGGUUUAAGAAAAAUAGCAAUGAAGAAUUUAAGUUUUGGUCUUAAUGAAAUGUACCGAGGUCUUUUCAUUGGUGCUCAAGUUAAACAGCUUCAGAGGUUUAUUCCAUCUUUGAAACUUGAAGAUGUCAUCAGAGGACCAUCUGGUGUGAGAGCUCAAGCUUUGGACAAGGAUGGCAAUUUGGUAGAUGAUUUUGUAUUUGACAGUGGCACUGGUGAUAUGUCUAAAAGGAUCCUUCAUGUACGUAAUGCUCCCUCUCCGGCUGCUACAUCAUCUCUAGCUAUUUCAAGGAUUGUUGCAGAUCAAGUCGACAGUAUGAUUCAUUCAUAAAAAAGAAUGCUUAAAACAUCAAAAAUUUUUUAAUUGUUAAAUUUUUGUUAAAAGAA